AUGGCCAAUCGCCGGAAAAGAAUCAUUGUAGCACUUACCGGGGCCACCGGGGCUGCCAUUGGCAUCCAGAUCCUUCAAGUUCUCCGACGGCUCAACGUCGAGACACACCUCAUCAUCAGCAAAUGGGCGGCAGAAACAAUAAAGUAUGAAACUGAUUACACCCCCACGACGCUAAGAGCACUGGCAGACCAUUCUUACAACUCAAAUGACUUGGCCGCACCGAUUGCAAGUGGCAGCUACCGAGUGGACGGGAUGAUCGUCGCUCCCUGCUCCGUCAAAACGCUUGCUGCUAUCAAUGCGGGUAUCUGCGACGACCUCAUAACACGGGCGGCAGACGUAUGCCUGAAAGGGCGCCGGAGGCUGGUGUUAUCGGUGCGGGAGACACCAUUCAGUGAGAUUCACUUGCGGAACAUGCUGGACGUGACACACGCAGGGGCCAUCAUUGCACCGCCUGUCGUCGGAUUUUACACCAGGCCAGGAUCUGUGGAGGAUAUUUUGGAUCAAAUGGUGGGACGAUUGCUUGAUUUAUUUAACCUAGAGGCUGGCAACUUUGAGAGAUGGGAGGGUAUGCAUACGCAUGCGUCUACCAAUGGAAAUCACAUAAAAUGA